AUGUCAGCUUCGAGCAGUAAUAAAGGCACAAUAAAGAACCGUAAAUCACACGUGGAUGUGGAAGUCGGACAGAUGAGAGAGCUCGGCACAAUCACGUCGGCGCACGGCGCACCCAUCAGAUUCGUGGACGCACGGAGCGCCACGUCGGACCAGCAGGUGCUGGCAGAGCUGGGUUACAAGGAGGAGCUUAAGAGAGAGUUCUCGUCGAUCCAGAUUUUCGGUGUGGCUUUUUCCAUCAUGGGGCUGUUGCCUUCGAUCGCGUCGACGCUAGAUGGCGGGCUGAGUGCCGGGCCUGUGGGGCUCGGCUGGGGUUGGUUCAUCGCCGGUGGGUUGAUUCUAACCAUUGGUAUCGCCUUAGGUGAGCUGUCGUCCGCGAUGCCCACUGCAGGGGCCGUGUACGUGUCGUGCUACCAGUGGGCGCCCCAGCGGGUGCGUAAGUGCAUCAGUUACUCUGUCGGUUUCCUGGAUACACUGUCGCUAUCCGCAUCUGUAUGCUCCAUUGUGUAUGGUCUGGCGCAGCAGAUUCUGUCCGCUGUGUUGGUUUCCAACCCUGAUUUCAAUGCGACCGACCCCAUCACGUACGGUGUUUUCGCCGCGUGUAUUGUGUGCAUGGCCAUUCUGACCUCCCUGCCUUCGCGCAUCACUUCGAAGCUGCAGACGAUUUCCAUCAUAUCCAACUGUUUCCUGAUCGUGCUUUUUUUCAUUGCCAUUCCAAUCGGUGUAUCGCGUUCUGACACCCUUAACCGCAGCUUUAACGGCGGCGACUUCAUCUUCGGGCAGGUCGACAACAGAUCCACCUGGAACAAGGGCUGGAACUGGUGCAUUGCUGGCUUGAUGCCUGCAAUCUGGACCAUCGGCGCGUACGACUCCUGUUUGCACAUGGCUGAAGAGGCCCGUGAUGCGGUGAGGGCUGUUCCUUUCGGUAUUGUCGGAUCCAUCACCGUGUGUUGGAUCCUUGGCUGGUUGGUCUGUAUUGUUAUCUUGGCCUGCAUGAACCCUGACAUUGACAGUGUCCUCGACUCCCAGUUUGGCCAGGCCAUGACUCAAAUCAUCUAUGAUGCACUAGGAAAACGCUGGACGUUAGGAUUUUUGAGUAUCUUCAUCAUCUGUCAGUUUCUGAUGGGUGCAUCUACUGUCGUCGCCAAUUCUAGACAGUUCUGGGCGUUCGCCAGAGACGACGGUUUCCCAUUUAGCAACUUUUUCAAGAAGGUUGACGGUCUUACGGGUGUUCCUGUGCGCGCUGUGUGGGGGUCUAGCGCCUUGUCCCUCGCCCUUGGUUGUUUGUGUUUAGUGGGUGAAACUGCAUCUGGCGCUCUGUUCAGCUUGUCAGUUGCAGGCAUGUACAUGGCGCUCAUUUUCCCAAUUACUUUGCGUCUAACUUACGGCAAGAAAGACUUUAGGCCAGGCCCCUUCUACUUGGGUGACUUCUGGUCACCAAUCAUCAACUGGAUCUCGGUCUUCUUCCAAGCCUUUGUCAUCAUCAUGAUGAUGUUCCCAUCCGACAGCACUGUCACCCCUACAACCAUGAACUACACAGUGGUUAUUGGCCCAGGCUUCUGGGUUUUGUCGCUGAUAUACUACUUUGUUUGGCAAAGGAAGUUCUACAAGGGCCCUAAGUCAAACCUUACAGACGAGGAGUUCCAGGAAUACGUCGGGGACGAUGUUAUCGACGCCAUUAUGUCCAACAAUGAAGCUGAUUACAAGCCAGGAGACGCAUGA